AUGACUGGCUUCAGCCCCCUGGACACAUUGAAUGUCACAAAGCGAUCAUCUCCUUCGAAAUUCUCGAGGCCCCAGGCCCAAAGGAACCUCCGGCAGAAAGAUGAAGACCUUGAAAAAAAUGCUUACCCCGAAAGCUCAGAAGACGACUCCGACGAUGAAUCCGACUACUCCUCCUCCGCCAUCUCUUCUCGCGAGACAUCAGGGUCAUACUCCUCCAAUCGGCCCAUGCUCCGGCGGAAAUCGCUCCCUCCUCCACGCUCCCCUGCAUACAGGUUACCGAACAGAACAAUUCGGUAUCUCUGUUUAGCGCUCAUAUCGACGCUCGUUAUAUUUAUGCUGAGCUUGGUACGGAUGAGCAUAGUAUCGUCUCGAAGGGUUCAACUAGGAGAUAUAGGCUCACGACCGGCGCCUCGUCCACCGACAUGGGAGAAAUUCGAAUUCUUGACGAGAUACUAUGGGGGAAUCAGGACAUUGACACCGCUCGCGGAGAACAAGCCAGAAUACCCAACAGCCGAGGAUGAGAUUCCGAUAUCGAACCAAACUUCGAGCAUUCCAAUCCGGGAUAUGCCCGCAAGCAGGCCAUUCGAAGCAUACAAGAACCACACAUCGAAAGCUUACCUGAGCGAAUACGCGCCAGUGCAAGAGUGUUUCCUGGAUGAACAGUCAAAGGUGCGGGUCCCUCAACUACAACACUACGACGGCAGACCGAGGGGCUUCCCGGACAAUAUUAUGGGGUCGUAUGAAGUCCUCGGACUACCUGAAGAUAUCUGUUUCGAGAGAUAUGGUAGGUUCGGCGCCUACGGCUACGGCUAUGCUUCCAAGUAUGGAGGCACUGGUACAGGUCAACACGGUGAUAUGGAAGGUUCUGAAGAUGCUUGGGGAAACAAUCCCAGGGCUAAUCAAGUUGAUUACUCGACUGUCGAUUGGGCGGCAGCUCAGAAAAGAUGCUACAAUGCCAACGCAGAACGGUUUGAUUCCACUAGUCCUGCGCUUAAGGCCCCAAUGGGUUUCUUUGUCAGUGAGCUGAAGGCGAAGAGGGAAGAAGUUGUGGAAGAAGGGAUUGUCCCUUCGAACUCAACCAUCGCGAAGAAACAUCUACCACGGAAUGCAGUUGUCAUCCGGUCUUGGGACGAUUUUGAAUACCGCGAGGAGGACAUUCUUCAUCUCAGAGCAAUGAUAUCAGAGCUUUCCCUUGGCUCUGGUGGGGAAUACGAUGUUCAUCUACUUAUCCAGGUCAAGGACGAGCCGAAGAACCCAAUUUGGGCGGAUGAGGAUACUUACCAGAAACACCUGAACGAAUCAGUUCCCAAAGAGUUCCGCGGCAUCGCAACUUUGUGGAGUGAGACCCAGAUGCUCAUGCUAUACCAAGGAAUCUUCGACACUUUUAUUCGAGAUCGCCCGGUUCAUGGCCCGUACCGUGGACUGCAGAUGGCUAUGCAACAUUUCGCUCACGUCCAUCCGGAGUACGAUUUCUUCUGGCAUUGGGAGAUUGAUAUUCGAUACACAGGCCAUUAUUACAAUCUCUUCUCACAAGUUAGCUCUUGGGCGAAGACGCAACCUCGCAAAGGGCUGUGGGAGAGGAGUUCUCGCUUUUAUAUUCCAUCGGUACAUGGAUCAUGGGAGGACUUCGUGCACAUGGUUCGAGUGCAAACGGAUAUGGGAACAGAGAGUCCGGAGAAUAUCUGGGCAGGGAUCAAGGGCUCCAAGGGAUCAGAGAGGAAAGGCGACAAACCAAUCUGGGGACCUCAAAGACCUCACGACUCGAAUGAUUGGUUCGAAAUCGAGAGGGACCCUAAACCACCCACUAGCUACGAGAAGGAUAAACACACAUGGGGAGUAGGCGAAGACGCCGACCUUAUUACCUUCAACCCGCUUUUCGACCCCGAGGGAACGACUUGGCUUCUUGAGAAAGACAUCACGGGCUACAAUUCCAGCGACGGGCUUCCUCCGCGCCGCGCGGCCAUCGUCACCUCUUCGAGAAUGUCCAAACGCCUGUUAAACACCAUGCACCGAGAGACAGCCUUCAAAAAACACCACGCAUUCUCCGAGAUGUGGGCUGCGACCACGGCCUUGCACCACGGCUACAAGGCAGUGUACGCACCUCACCCAGUCUACGUCGACCGCGAAUGGCCCACCGCCUACCUGGCCGGCGUUAUGAACGCCGGCAGGAACGGUGCUACCGGCGGCUCGCGCACGAGCGUAUUUGGCGAGAGAGAACACAACCUGUUAGGCAUGUCGUGGUACUACAAUGCCGGCUUCGCGCCCAACCUCUGGAGACGAUGGUUGGGCUUCAAAGUCAACAAUGAAGGAGGCGAGGAGUUUGAGACAACGGUUGAUGAGGGGAGAGAUGGGAAGGGCGUCAAUGGCAUGAGGGGCGGUGAGGGGAGGAUGUGUUUACCGCCGAUGCUUAUCCAUCCGGUGAAGGGGGUGGAGUUACCAGUCGAAGAGUCGAGGGAGAAAGAGGAGGUCCCGGAGAGUGACCCCAGCGCUUGA